GAGGAGGUGCAUAAGCAGAAAGUACUGCUUAGAGAGAUGUCAGACGAACUACGCACCUCAAGUCGCUCCUCGACGAAAUGACAGAAACUGCGGAGCACAGGAUGUUCACCGUUUUCUGGUUGUUGUUUGACAACAUGAAAGAUAUAGACGUUACUCGUCUGAGGGAGGACAUGUCAGCCAGACUUCAGGCAAUUGCUGAAAUGAAGAACACCACGUUCGACGAGUUUCAGACAUGGCUGGAUAUUGAAAGGGAAAGGCGCACCACAGUCUUGAAGUGGUUCUCCGCCCACGUCACGAAGACAACAAACGGGGAGUCAGACGGAGGGGAUGUCAUGUGUCUUGCCAGCUGCGGAAAGUGUGUGCUGAAGGAGGGGUGGGCAUCGUACAAUAGCCAAGAUUACAACACAGCGUUGCAGAAAUGCGAGACGGUUCAUUCCCUCGAGGUGUSCCCGCCGUCGGAGGACAACASUGUAUCCGGUCUGCGCAGCGGGGCGCUCAGUUAUCACACGCAGUCAAUCAUUCGAGCGCACAAAGGUGUCGACGAGAAUGGAUAUUCACGAUAUGUAAUCCCUCUCUCACUGUACUCCGACAAGACACACACAGAYGGUCGUCAGAAACAGACGGCAUACCCUCUUAUGAUGUCGCUAGCCGACCAYGCGUCGGAAGCCACUCUGCUGGCCUAUCUUCCCGUGCUUCAUCAUCGACCCUGUGACAAAGGAUGGGGUCUACAGUCCACCGCAUUCAGGAAGCGAAAGGCCGUCAUCUUCCACAAGGCCCUUUCGACGGUCUUGCAAGCUGCGAAGGAGGCAUCGCACGACGGCAUCACGAUACCGUCGACGCGAUUCGGGGACGUGACUAUCCACCCUUUCCUCCUCAACUAUAUACAGGACUACCCAGAGCGAUGUGCGCUGGCGAAUGUGAAGUUUGGUGUAUGCCCUACAUGCACCGUGUCGAAAAUGGACCUCGAUGUCGUGGCCGAUUUCACGGACAGCAGGAGAUCCCAGAUGCUGGAAACUCAACUCGCAGCAGCUGUAUUCACGGCGGACGACGAUGACGUGCGCCGUGCGGCGGAAGGGCGAAUGGCGGAGUUGGACAUGCAUAGGCAUGUUGAACAGAACGGCCUUUGGGGGUUCUACAGGGGGCCGAGUGGCGAUGAUCCUCAGCUAGACUACCACCUCGCAUUGCAACCAGACCGUAUGCACACGAUCGAACACGGCAUAUUCCUGCACAUGAUCGACGCAUUCAGGGCGGCAGCCUUUGAGAAGUUGCCGAACACAUCGCAAACAGAGAUCCUGAAGAAACUCGAUGCGAGAUUGCAAUGCGAGGAGACCGGAUUUGUGAGGAAAAGGAGGAAGAGGGCCGUCGAGAAUAGGUCUUCUGUGACGGACUGUAUGGCAACGGGGAUGAACACCCUGGCACUACGCGAUACGUCAAUCCUUAAACUGCGCUGGUUCGACAUCGAUCAGGACCAGCUAAUCGAGGUGGAAGGUAUUGACAGUCAUGCGUGUAAGAUACUUGAAGAGCUCCCUUUCAGAACCGAUUUUCGAGCAGCGAUUACGACGUACAUGGCGGAGAAUGGUUGUCAACCUCCUCCUGAUAAUCUCGCUAUACACACACGAACACAUCUCGCCAUCGCUUGCACGCAGGACGGAACAAACAGGGGCACACUUGUUCAAACUGCACGAGCGUCGCCGCAGUUCUACGGGAGACCAGUGCACAGCGACGUCGCAAUAAGAGCAGCCAACGAAUGUACGUGGUUCGCAUCAGUGACCAUGUUUUUCGUCGUCGAUGCACCCACAGACGGCGGUAAUGUGGAACACGAGUGCGCUUUUGUGCAGUGGUACACAGUGGUUGACAGUGAACGAGAACACGUGAUAGGUUGCAAGGAAUUGAAAUGGGAGAAGGCGAAUGGACAUCAACACAGCAGCGUCGUUUCAACCGACACUAUCGUGGACACCGUUCACAUUGUUUCGCGCUUCUGUAAACCACAAUAGGGAUCGAAAAUGCAUGCGCACCACCGUGAGGACUGUUUUUUUUUAAACAAGUACAUAUUGUAGAAGGAAUAAAUUUGAAGUUUGAGAGAGAGAGAGAGAGAGAGAGAGAGAGAGAGAGAGAGAGAGAGAGAGAGAGAGAGAGACUCAUUUCAAUUACGAGAAAAUUUGUAAGUCUGUCUAUUUCUUCUCGCGACAAGAUGGUAAUGCCGUUCUCGGCCGAAGUAAAUCUUUCUAGUAGCUGUAAACAACUAUGAUGUCUAACGCUGACAUACCUACGAAGGAGAACCAAAACCUCAUGCGAAACAAAAGUGUCCCCAAAAG